UGAGUAUGAGUGUUUUCAUGUCUCUAUAAUAAUUAGACUAAUUACCUAGGGAUUUUAUCAAAAGAAAAGUCCUGAUCAACUUAGAAUGUACAAUCAUGCAUUAAUAAAAAUAGAAACCAAAUAUAAGGUUAUUGAAGAAGCAGUUCAGCUGUUAGAAUGGAAGAUUACUCCUUCAGAUAUUGAAUGCCAUAUCUUUUGGAAAGAUACUUAUGUAACUGAUGAAGAAUAUCGUCGUUUACUACCAUACUAGAGAAUUAAUCAUUUUCCUGGAUCUUAUAUGUUGGGCAAAAAGAAUGAGCUAUGUCGUAAUUUGAAUAGAAUGCGUAAAAUGUUUCCAGAUGAUUACGAUUUCUUCCCAAGAACAUGGCAAUUACCUUACUAAAGUGAAGAGGUCAGAUAAAAAUAAGGAACAGGAAUCUUUAUUGUGAAACCAGAAGCAAAUUGUCAAGGCAGAGGGAUAUUUCUAACCAAAAAGCUGGAUCCCUUUCUUGAUAAGCACUAUGUUGUAUAAGAAUAUCUAAGUAAUCCAUAUUUAAUAGAUGGAUUGAAAUUUGAUCUAAGGUAUAAAUUUAUAAAAUUUCAGAAUCUACGUACUUCUGAAGUCUAUCCAUCCAUUGAAAAUAUUUAUGUAUCAAGAGGGUCUUGCGAGAUUUUCAACCAAAAAAUAUGUAAAGCCUUAAAAGAAAAACCUAGGAAGUGUUACGAUGCAUUUAACCAACUAUGCUAUCAAUAAAAGAAGCAAGGAUUUUAUAUUCAAUAAUGACACUAAUAAAGAUGACGUUGGACAUAAAAGAUCACUGACAUCUGUAUUGAAAGUAAUAAUAUGAAGUAUCUAAAGUAUUUACAAGAUCAAGGCCAAGAUGUAAAAUAAUUACUAAACCAAAUCAAACAAGUGAUAGUAAAGACCAUUUAAAGUGUUUAAGGAGAAUUAUCUCAUCUCUAUAGAUCACAAUAACAUAAUAAUGAUGGGAUUGAAUAGUGUUUUGAGUUAUUUGGAUUUGAUAUACUUUUAGAUUCUUCCCUUAAGCCUUGGUUACUUGAAGUCAAUCACACUCCUUCAUUUUCCACUGAUACACCAUUAGAUAAGAUAAUCAAAAGGAAUCUGAUUAGGGAUACAUUGAUUCUUUUAGAUGUCAAAAAUAAACCUAAAAAAAUAUACUUAGAAUAGAAAAGAGCUCCUAUUUAUUAGAGGCCAAUCAAAAUGAGUUUGGAAGAAAAAGAGAAAUAAUCAGCUAAGAUGAGUCAUUUUGAAGAAAAGCACCUAAAUGGUUACAUCAAAAUUUAUCCCGAUGAGGUACAUUUAUAUCUACUAACAGGUAGAAUAAAGAUUACUAUGAAUAAUUUAUGCCCCCUAAACCUAAAGAAAGAGAGAAUAGAGAGAGUAUGAUCAUUUAAUAGCUUGAAUAAUUUAAGAAUGUAGAAAGAGCAAUAAAAAGCUAGGCUGAGGUCAAACUUCCACAAUAGAAAAAGAAUGCCAAAAGGUUAUCCACUAACUAGUCUUUCAGUGAUUUGGAUGGUCAGUCUUUAUAAUAAUUAACAGGAAGAAAUGCUGUAAUUCCCUAAACUAGAACCACUUCUUAAUAACGUCCAUUUAGUAGUAUUACAACAAUAAAUAGAACCAUAAGUGCUGUUAGAAAGACUGCCUUGGCGAAUUAAUACUAAAAUUUAAAUACAUCUUAAAAUUAAAAAAGAUUAGUUUAUCCUCCACCUGCAGAACUUCCCCCUAAACCUGUUUACAAAAUGAUUCCUAUUAAAACCUUUAGUUUCUAGAAAAUUGAGAAUAAUCAGAAAAAUGAAUGA